AUGGCGGCGAGCUCAGCCUCGUCGUCGCCUGCAAACUCUCGACAUGGCUCCUCGCUCCACGCCGCCGGCCCAGACGACCAAAUUGAGCAGCAUGGUCAAGAUGUCUCUUCCGCCGCAUCCAUCCCUGUCGAAGUCCUCGUCGAAUACCUCCUCGCCGCCAAGCGUGCCCUCUCAUCCAUGACGCUCGUCCUCCGCGCCAACGACCUGACAAGCCAUGCUCGCCAGCUCCACGAGGAAUCCGUCAUCCUCCGCGCCCAGACUGCGUUUCUCACCAAAGGGAUCACAGAGCAGAGGAGGCUACUCAACAAGGUACGGCGGAGCAUGAUAAGGACGUACGAUGCCGGCAAGAAGGAGUUCAAGCACAUCAUCAAGACCCUCGACGUCGCAAACGGAAAGCUGGAGACCACCAUGGACAUGCUGAGGAAUACAACUGUCGACGCUCUUUUCAGACCGGCUGGCGAGGAACCGAAGAACCUGUUGGACUUUGUCGACGAGAACCAGGUCCACGGCAUGCGCGAGGCUCUGAAAGCCAGCAUUGCCGAAUUACAGGCCACGCAAACCUCCUUCGACGGCGACCUCUUCCGCUUCGACGACGACCUCCGCGCCAUCGCCAAGAUCCUCAACUCGUCCGCCUCGCCCACACCGUCCAAGUCGCCUGCUGACUCGAUCAGUCAACACCCCCCAAACCCUCCAAUCUUGGACCUCCUGGCCGCCCUGACAGACCACUCCCAUUCGAUGGCCGAACACCUAGCCUCCCUCACACACCACUUCGACAUGUGCGUCACCGCCGUGCGCAUCACAGAAGGCGGCACCGCCCUCGCGCGACGCAAGGCAGCCGAGGACAGCGGCGGUGCCGACGCCGUGUCAAUAUCAGGCGUCAUUGCCGAGCAGGAAACCAACGUCGCAGACCUCGACCCGGAGGAAAAGGCCGAGAUUGUCCAGGUGGUUAUGCAAGACUCCCCUGAGGUGGAAGAGGUCGUCGCCGACCUAAACGUGGAGAUGCAGCAGAUGGAGGUCGAGUUUGUCCAGCUCAAGGACCAGGCGGACCACAUCAGGUCAGGCUACGCGGCCGUCACGCAGGCCUUUCAUGUCCUUGAAGACAUCGGGUCGCGGCUCUCGGGCUACAUCGCGGCCGAGACCGAAUUCGCCGAGCGCUGGGAGGCCGAGAAGGAGGGUAUCGUGGCGCGGCUCGCAGAGAUGGAGUCGCUACGGGACUUCUACGAGGGGUACGCGAGCGCGUACGAUAGCCUGAUCCUCGAGGUAGAGCGGCGCCGCGCCGUCGACGAGAAGAUCCAGGCCGUGUGGCGCAAGGCUAAAGAACAGGUCGACAAGAUGAUCGAGUCGGACUGGCGGGACCGCGAGGCAUUCCGCUCCGAGGUCGGCGAGUACCUGCCCACCGACCUGUGGGUGGGCAUGAGCGGGCCGCUGCGGCGGUGGGAGGUCGUCCGGGCCAGGGAGCAAGAAAGGGAAGAUGAAGGCGAGCUCUCUGUGGGCGAUAAUAAUGCGCAAGGGAGUAUGCCUAGGCAGGAUGACGGCAGUGCUGUGACGUUGAGCCGCGAAGUGGUCGAUGCUGCGAGGGAGAGGAUUAGGAUGGGGGCAUCUGGGGGAACACGAACAAGUGAGUGA